GUUCCAGCAGCAAAGCUAACCUCGUGCGGUAGGUCCGCUCGCAUUCAUGGUUCCCUCCUCCAUAGGGUCGGAAUGGCAUAGCAGCAUCUACACACUGCGGCUGUCGUUCCGGGAGAAGUGCCGACACUUUUGCGUUUGCUCCAAGACAGGGAUGAAAUGCACAGGAAAGGGAUUGCAGUUAACUGAAAUUGGAAAAGGAUUUCAAUAUCAGGAGUGCAAUCGAGAUGAUCGUCCUGGUGGCAAACCAGCACAAAGCCAUCCCCAUCGAUCCAAGAACCAAACGCCCCCCGAGCGGAGUCGCCGCCUCUCUCGAGGUGCUCGCCGACCACGACCCUCUCCUCAGGCAUAUACUGAGAAAGAACGCACUCAAAUACGGAGUCCUACCGAAUGCGGCGUUCAAAAAUAUGAAAACAUUGUACAACACACUGUCGCAGCCAGCGCAUCCCGGUAAUAGCGAGCCUAUCGUGCUGGCAGUCUCUGACUUCCAUGCGGCUGAGUUCGUGUCGGUCGUGUCGGUCUCGGAAUGGUCGAAAGACGACAAUAGUAUUGACCUCAGGACGAAGAAGCCUUAUCACAACUAGACCACGCCCAUUGAGUGGAGAUACUAGUAGCAAUAGAUGUACCAGAUAGCUAUUACUGUAAUACCCUCUGUCAUAGAGAACAUAUUCAAUGUAUGAAUAGUGAGCGAUAU